AUGGCCACCACAUCGAAGUUGUCCUUCCGUGCCAGAAAUCUCGAUGCGAACAAGGGGAUGUGUGUGUUCUUCGCUGCAGAACUCCCGGACCUGUCCGAAUGUGCACCGAUUGCUCGAGCAGUCGCUCAGAUGCCGACCGGUAUGGAGAAGGAGGAGGAGAUGGAGUCUCACCUCCAAGAUGCGAUUCUUGCUCAACAGGCAAGCACAUCUGGCGUUCGUGUCGACAAUCAUGUUAUUCCGACGCCUAAGGUAUUACCCGUUGACCCUGUUGGCUACGACGAGGUGUACCCUGUGCAACCUCCACCGGCGAAAGGCAGUCUUAUAAAAGUGCAAGCUUGGUUGGCAUUAGACAAAGAAGAAGCUGAAUACGAUGUCGAUUCUGAAGACGAAGGUUGGUUAGCCGAGAGGCCACACAUCGAUCCACGUGCUUUCGAGCGGAUAUUUGACACCCUUGAAGCAAAAUCAUCCGACAACAAUAUUUGCUUACCUGAUACAGCAAGAUCAGCUCUUUUGGCAUUCGACGAGACUAUUGUCGACGAUGUAUAUGACUACUGGUUAUCGAAACGGGAAAAGACCACGACAGUAAGGUCGUUGCAACUUGGGGUUGGAGGAUUAAUACCUCGUGUACGAACGGAAUGCAGAAAAGAUCAGCAGGGUGGACUCAAUCCGUACGUGGCUUUCAGAAGGCGUGCGGAAAAGAUGCAGACGAGGAAGAAUAGGAAAAAUGAUGAGGAGUCUUAUGAAAAGGUGUUGAGACUCGGACACCACCUUCGUAAAUCCGUCACUCUAUUCGAUAUGGUGAAAAGGCGAGAAAAAACGAAAAUUGCCUUGAUAGACCUCGAUUCUGAAAUUCUUGCACGUCGAAUGGGGCUGUUAGAUUUCGGCUCAAAUAUUUACAAUCAGUUCUUGGCCAAAAUUAGGGAGUCAUCGAAACUCAUGGGUGGAGUAGCGAACGGAUUUGCUAAGUCUGAGGAUGACGUUCUGUUGAAGAAAAAGGCGAAGCGACGGCGAAUUCGAAUGACCACUAGUGUUGAUCGAGAAGUUCCUAGUAAGGCGUGGCUGAGGAAAAAUGCGGAAGUUUGGAAUCGUCCGCCUUCUGUUUUUACGCCUUCUAGUAUAUCGCCGGUUGCGGAGGUUGACCAGUCUGCUCAAGCGGCAUGUGAAGCUAAUCUUGAUGGCAAGUUCAUAUUUAAGAGAAGACGAGGAUGUAUAUAUCGAAGCCCUCUUAUGCCGAAUAAUGAGACUUAUGAAAAAGAAGUUAACGCAAAGGUCCCGACUUCGCACCGUCUAUAUGAGACGUUUCUACCUAAUUAUGUUGGCGUCAUUCGUCGAGUAGGUUUGACUCGUCGAAGGCUGGGAAGGGGAGGGCGGGUGUUGUUCGACCGGUUCCAGUGUUGGGAUGCUCCUCGCGUACCUAGCUCAAGUCUUUCCAUGCCCGCAUUCGGCCUUGGGAAGGAGAUGAUCACCUCCGCAAACGUUUUCCUUCAUGGAGCCGAGCUAUGGAAGAGGAAUAUGAGCAGCGAUGAUGGUAGUCUUGUGCCCGUAGAGAGCAUAUCAUCGAAUCAUCCCGUUACUACUCAGUCGGGAAACGGAUUAGCGGGCAGAGUGGACUCGUCGACCCACGUCCCGACAAAGGAGUAUGAAACUGUACAAAUGUCGGAUGAAUGGCGAGAAGCGAGUGGGUCACCAUCGGAGUCCAAUUCAUCGUCAGAUUGGGUUACUCCGUCUAUUGCUACUCAGAUUUAUCCCGUGUUGUCAGUUGAGGAGGAAGCCCAAACUGGUGAUCAUCCGAUUGCGAAGCAACCACCCAUUAGUAUUAAAGGGUCCGUGGUGGGCGCAACCGAGAUCGAGUACCGUAGUCCGUUCCUCCUGGCGCCGCCUACGGUUGGCAGCUAG